AUGUCAGAAGAAAACACCUGUGCGAGCGGACAGACUGAGAACUCUCUGGAAAACUCCCCAGAGUAUGACCCUGCAGGCUCAGUGAGUCAGCCAGAAGGUGAGGAGGAAGCAAAGAAGCAGCUCUCUGCAGACACGUACUAUAAAUAUGAAGAGCUUCACUCCCGACCGAUCAUCACCGCAGGAUCUGACAUCCCAGAAAACCUCCUGCACCUCUCACACUCCUUUGGCUACGACAGUCAGCGCAGGUCCAACCUGAAGCUGCUGGACGACAGAACCCUGCUGUUUAUAGCGGGAAACCUGCUGGUCCUGCUGGAUGUUCCCAGUGGGGAGCAGAGGUACCGGCGCUCCUGCAGCGGAGGAGGGAUCGGAGCCAUCACGGCCCACCCGAGCAGGGGUUACUUCGUUGUAGCAGAGAAAGGAAAUCAUCCUAACAUUAUCAUCUAUGAAUAUCCCACAUUAAGACCGUACCGCGUCCUCAGAGGUGGCACAGAGCGGCAGUACAGUUUCGUAGACUUUAACCGUGACGGGACGCUGCUGGCCAGUGUGGGCGCUGCGCCCGACUACAUGCUGACGCUGUGGGACUGGAUGCAGGAGGAGGUGAUGCUCAGCUGCAAGGCCGUUUCUCAAGAGGUGUACCGAGUCAGCUUCUCCCCGCACGACCCAGGACUGCUCACAACAUCUGGAUCCGGGCACAUCAAGUUCUGGAAAAUGGCAUCCACAUUCACAGGGCUGAAACUGCAAGGGGUCAUGGGACAUUUUGGAAAAACUGUGGCAACUGAUAUAGAGGGUUAUGUGGAACUUCCUGAUGGAAAGGUGCUGUCAGGCACAGAGUGGGGCAACCUGCUGCUGUGGGACGGGAACGCCAUCAGAGCAGAGAUCUGUCGGAAGGAGGGCCGGAGCUGCCAUGUGGGGACGGUCCAGCCGUUCGCCUUGGAGGACGGACAGCUGAUGACCUUUGGCUCUGAUGGAGUGGUACGGGGUUGGGACUUUGAGAGGAUCACUGCAGCGGAGGGUGACGGCGGCAGCGGCAGGUUUGAGCUGGAGCCCAUCAAUGAGAUGAUGGUCGGACACGACGUCUGCCUGUCCUCCGUGGUCAGGAGCUCCCUGCCCGACUCCUUCCUCUGGUUUGCUCAGGAUUCCAACGGAGCCAUCUGGAAACUGGAUCUCUCCUUCACAAACACGACCCCUGAUCCAGAAUGCUUGUUCUCCUUCCACGCGGGAGUGAUCCAGGGCCUGGACGUCUCCAAGAAAUCCCACCUCGUGGCCACGACCGCUCUGGACCGUUCAGUCAGGGUUUUUGACUUCCUGUCAAAACAGGAGCUGACCACCAGCCGCUUCAAUCAGGGAGGAACCGCUCUCACCUGGGCUCCACCUUCGGUGAAUCAGAGCGGAGCUCUGCUGGUGACCGGCUUCGAGGACGGGGUGGUCCGUAUCCUGGAGCUGUACAACCCCCACCGACUGCAGGCAGUGACCGGGCAGAGACCUGAAGGAGACGCGAAGCUGCGCCUCAGACAGGCCUUCAAGCCUCACACGGCCUCCGUGACAGCAGUGGCGUACGAGAGAGAUGGAGAGAUCCUCGCCACAGGGAGCGCAGAUUGCACCGUGUUUUUCUUCGCCGUGGGUGAAAGCUACCAGCCGAUCGGCUUCAUCCAGGUUCCUGGUCCCGUGCAGUCCCUGGAGUGGUCUCCUCGUUCCCACGUGAGUCCGAGCGACAGCAGGCUGCUCGUCCUCUGUCAGAACGGCCACGUGGUCGAGGUGCACAGUCCUGAUCCAGAGGUCCACAAGUCCCACAAAACCUUCCAGAUGUCCGAGCUGCCCAGGAGAUCCUUCAGGUUCACCAGCAUCAAAUCUCGAAUCAAGAGAGAGGAGGAGCUCAGAAGACGGCAAGCGGAGAAAGACAAGAAGAGGAAGGCGAGAGAAAAGCAGCAGGAAGCGUCAGAACAGCACGAUGCAGGACAGGAGGAAGAAGAAGAAGACGAUGAUGAAGAGGGAGAUUUACCGCCAGUCUACAUUCCAGAAGCUGGGAGUCCUCUCUGCUGCGGGUUCUACUCACAGCCCGGCCAGUUCUGGCUCUCCAUGGGAGGCUUUGACUCGGGUUACUUGUAUCACUGUAAAUUCUCUGAGAAUCAGGAUGAGGAUCCACACCAGCGGCAGGAUGAGCCCUUUGAUUUCCUGCUGGUCCAGAAUGCAGACGAAGACCCCGUUUGCUCGAUCACCUUCAGCUCCAGCGGGCAGCUGCUCCUCUGUGGCAUGCACUCAGGAGCCAUCAGGGUUUAUCCUCUGGAGCCGGGUGACCACAGGCUCGCCUCCAUGCAGUCCUACUGGUCUCUCAACAUCCACGACAACCACUACGGACACCUGCGGCACGUCCGCUGCAGCCACGACGACCUGUUUGUGCUGACGGCGGGGGACGACGGGAACGUGUUCUCCUUCAGCCUGCUCCCCCCCGAGGAGCUCCAGGCCAGCCUGCAGAGGAGGAGGGCCAAAGUCCCCUCGCCCAGGGUGGGUGUUGAAAGUGAAUCUCUGGCUCUUGACAUUGAGGACCCAGCAGCCUACAGCAUAGAGACGGCCAAACAGAAGCUGGAAAACGAGCAGCUGUGUCGGGAGGCAGAGGUGAAGGUUGCGGAAAAGCAGAAAAAGCUGGCUGAGCUCCAGAAAAGGUUCAGACAAGUUCUGAAUGACAACGAGAGUCUGCCCGAGCACGUUCGCCUGAAACCCGAGGAGCUGCAGCUUGACGGCCACUUCCAUGAACAGGGAGAAAAGCUGAAGGCCCAGCAGCUGAUGGAGGUCAGCAGGCAGUUUGCCUGGGAGCAGGAACGCAUUAGCAUAGCUCUGAGAAAGCUACAGAACUGGUUUAAAGACUCUCUGGAGGCCACCGUGGUCACUGUGGUUGCAAUCCGCUCCGACCACAGAGUCUCCACCUACCGUCUCGCCUCACUUGCCGAGCCUCAGAGCGGCGGUGGCCCUCAGAGCGCCGCCAGCCAGCCUGAUGGAGGAAGAGAUGCUGCAGCAGACUGGAAGAAAUCCAGAGCUGAGCCUCCAAGAGACAGCAGCAAAGCUGAGGAGCGGGACAUCUUGCACCCCACCUUGGCUCGACCAGCAAAGAUUAAGCUUGGAGAUCGGCAGGAGGAGAGACUCAAAAAGGCUGCCGAGAAAGCCGAGUUAGCUCGAAUGAAAAUAGAGAAGAGAAAGCAGGAAUGGGCAAAAAUCUAUGCCGAGAAGCCAAAGGAGGACUACGAGGAUCCACAGGACCUGCAGGCCAUCCGGGAAGCCAGAGAAAACAUCAGAGACUUCACAGCUGUGAAACACCAGAGGGCGAACACUGAGAGGAAGAGAGAGGAGCUGCUGGCUUUAGAGCAGAAUAUCCGUGAAAAGCAGGUUGAGAUCAACAGACGGAUUUUGGCACUGCGGGACUCCAAGGUCCACCUGGUGUCGCGGCUGCACGCUCAGGCUCAGCGGCUGCAGGACGUCCAGCAGCGUCUGGCAGCCCGUCUCCACCGCCCCCCACCGAGCUUACCCACCAUGCUACCAGAGGAAACCCCGGAGAAGAGGCUGCAGUGCAGCCACGCCACCCUGGAGCGAUACCGAGGACUGAGGGAUCGGAGGUUAAAGAUGCUGAGAGAAGAGGAGGAUGAGGAGGGAGCUGUGAGCAUAUUGGAGCAGCUGGAGAUAGAAAUGAAGACUGAAGAAGGAGACAAAUGGAGCCAUGCCAAGUCUGCUUCAUCUUUAACCAGAGAAGAAGAGACACCGGAUGACGGGGCAGAGCUGAGUGAGCUGGAGGAGGAGCUGCAGAGGGAGGAGGAGAUCAGGCUGCUGCAUGAGCAGAACUCUCUGCUAGAGCAGAUGGAGGGUUUGGUUCGACAGUUCGACACAGAGCUCUUGAAGGCGCGUGGCCAGAAGCUGCGUACGGACUACCGGCUGAAGCUCGCCGCCCUGCGGGCGCUGACGCUCCACCAGGAGACGCUGGUCCUCAAGCAGUUUGACAGGAGGAAGAAGAGCCUGCUGGAGAAGCUCAAUGUGUGCGUGGAGGAGGAGAGCAGCAUCACGUCCAAGCUGGAGCAGUGCAAUCAGCAGAUGGAGCUGAGGAGGAGAGAAAUGACCAAGCUGGAGAAGAGAGAGAAAUCCCUGGUCGCUGCCUUUCAGGCGUCUGUGGGAGAAAACAGCAAGUUUGAAGAGAUCCUGACCAAAGUCUUCAGGAAGAAGGUCAAACGUGUGAAGAAUGACCAGACCGUGAAUGAAGGAGAAGAAGACGACAGUGAUGAAGAGGAAGAUGACGAGUGGGAUGACGAUUUUGACAGCGACGCGGAGCAAAGCGGAGCUGCUCUUAAUGACGGUGUUUGCCCUCCAGGAUGUGAGCCCGAGUUGUUUGAGAACACGCUGCGCCUGCGUGAAAGUCGGCUGGACUUGGAGGAACUGAUGCUGGAGGAGAAAAAGACGAUUGAGGCUUUGAAGAGGGAGAGUGACACCCUCAUCAAGAAGGAGAAAUUGGUGAAGAUCAAUCGGAAGGCUGCAGAAGACGACCUGGAGAUAAUCAACAAAGAGACACAGCAGAAACUGGAUGAACUGGAUGUGGUGGUUCCUCUCAGACUGCACCAGAUUGAGUUUGUGGCUAACGGCGCGAUGCCGCUGGACCUGAGCGAGGCGCUGGUGCUGAACGGCUCCGAGCUCAGCAGGCUGCAGGACCACAUCCAGCAGCUGCAGGAGGAAAAGCUCCACGAGGAAGACCUGUGUCGUCAGGCUCACCAGCGACACGCCAAGCUCAUCCACGACCGCAGGGACAUGGCAGCCAAGAUCCAAGAGCUGGAGAAGCAGUGCAGCGAGCUGAUGAUGACAAAAUUCGGGAGGCUGGUGGAUCUGGAGUCUCUGCAGACGCUGUCGGGGAAUCGCAGGCUGGAGGAGCUCAAGCAUGAGAAACUCCUGAAAGAAGACGCCUUCGCCAAGGAGAUCCAGGACUGGGAUGUAAAGGUGGAGGAGGCCCAGCAGGCUCUGAUGGAGGUCACCCAGUGUAACACCGAGCAUCUCCGCUGCAUGACGGACAUCUUGGAGGAGAAGAAGGAGCUGGAGCUUCAAGUCAGCGCCAGGCAGAAGAAAAUGGGCAGACAGCAGUUCCAGGACUACAGGAGAUGUGUGGAUCAGGAGGAGAGCCUGAGGCUGCAGGAGCUGGUGAAAGCACAGUCGCAGCGCGCCGAGGCGCUCAGGAGAGAGAUCCACCUCCUGUCCUGUCAGGGAGGCCACGUCCUGCCGCCGGACCAGGACUGGCUGUACGGACACGCCCCCCUGCCCACCCCAUCAGGAAACACGCCGAGUGGGAGACGAUGA